CACUGCGUCCUCUCGAGGAGCCUGUGAUUCCUGUUGCAACAUAUGGCGGUCUUGGCGAUGAAAUUGUACGGGAUGAGGCAUGGCAGGGUUUUGUGCCAGUCAUGCAAGUCCUGCUGUUUACGAAGCUCCCAGUCUUGCUUCUGCAGCUGGCUCAGGGUAUGCCUUCUUCUACUUUCUAGUUAUGAUCUGUUCUACUGUCUAUAGCCUGAUCAGCCGUCUUAUGAGCUUGUGCUACUUGCUUUGUGUCUCCUUUGUCCAAUCUCCCGUCAAAUCCACAACCGUAAAAUGACGUCCGCUGCCAAACUCCAAACCACACAUCACGAUGCUCGAGUACUUUGCUUAUAAAAAGUACAAGCAAAAGAAGGGCGAGGAGAAGCAGGUAGAUGGUGCAGAAAAGGCUAUAGAAACUGCGCAGCCACUUGCGCCGCUCGAUGUCACAGCAGCAGGUGCGGCGACGCCAAUUCUAGAAAUGGGCGACGAUGCCAUCAGUCCUGUCGACGAAGCAUUCCUGACGUCAAGUCUAGAGCGUGCUACUGAACCUGUGACAUUACGCAAGCGCAUUGCAUCUCUUGCUGGAGCGCUGCCGAGUAUGCCGCGUUUGAAGAAAUCCAAGACUUCGCAAACAGAUGCAAAGGCACCAGAUGCUGUCGAAAGUCCAGAGGCUGCGGCGUCUGAAGAUGAGACGCUUGGAGAGAAGGAAGAUCCGGACGUGCAACAAACGCAAAUUAUGAAGCUGCUAAGCGCCUUCAAUCUCUCUUUGACGCCUAGCCAAAGGCAGGCAGCGGUAGUCAAAGAGAAAGACAAGGGAAAAGGCAAAGCAAAAGACUGCAGGACACUCUCAGAAAAGCUGGGCGAUACAUUUCGGGUACAAGCCAUCACUGACAAUACGAAAGAGCUGCUCGCAGACUUCAUGCAAAUCCUCAAGGACAUCCAGUCUGGCGGCAAGUUAACGGGCAAGGACCUCAAGGCCUUUUUUGACGCUCAUGCCAAGGACUUGAAGGCUGCCAAUGACAGUGUCCCAGGCUUUGUCAAGACAUUGGUCCUCAAACUACUGCCCAUUAGCGCCAUCCCGAAAAUGGAGGAUUUGGCGAAACCUGGUGCACUCAUGUCGCUCAUCAAGAGCGUCUUGCAGGUACUGAAAACAAAAUUCCCAGCAUUUGUCGGAGGGAGUGUCUUGUCGGUCCUGUCAGUGCUGAUUGUACUGCUGGCUGUUUGGCACGCUUAUACGCGAGGUCGCGAUGAGCGGUUGGCGCAAGAACAAGAGUCCAUGUCUGUUGCAAUGCCUGCAAGUACUGAAGGAGCUUCGACAGUGUCUCAAAGAUUUGCCCCGGCACAGAGGAGAGAAUUGGUCAUUGAUGGCGUGGCUACGGGCUACUACUUGGAUGAAGAUGGCAUGAAGAUUCCGGUCGAAUCGGCUCAGUGAGUAUGCUGCUCUCUGUUUCAGCUAUUACCAAACUUGGCGUGCUUUCAUGAGUCUGACCAGCUGACACGUAGGCGCAACGCACGCGACCAUCGGCUUCUCAAGUUCUCAGGAGUCGAGCCUUUGCAUUGCUAAGCAAGUCAAGAACGCAUUUUCAACUGUGAUCUCCUGAAUCCACUAUGGUCUAGGCCUGCAACUCACAUGAUGAUCUGCUACUUCAACUGCGUGAUAGCAAGACAUCGGCCCAGCAACGCGCGGGCUUUGCUGCCCGCGCGGUGGGGUAUGUUGCAGUUGUCCAUGUGAUGCUUGAGAGCUGUGCAGUUAUAAGUCAGCCGUCCGCUUCCUCAAGCUAGGCCGCAAACCAUCACAGCAAAUCGAGCAGCUGUCUAUUGGAUUAAUAUUGUAUUUG